CCAGUUAAAGAACAAGCAUGAAGAUUCUGAUAACAGGAGGUGCGGGAUAUCUCGGUUCAACAAUGAUUCCAAUGUUGUUAGAAAAAGGGCACGAGGUCACGCUAUAUGACCUUUUCUUCUGGGGUAUAAGCCCCUUAUUACCAAUAGCAGACGACGCAAACCUUCAUAUUAUUAAAGGUGACAUCCGUGAUAGGGAAUAUCUGGCUAGUGUGAUGGCGGGAAAGGACGCCAUAGUUCAUCUAGCGGCUAUUGUCGGCUACCCGGCAUGUGACAAAGACCCAGAAUGCGCCAUAAACACAAAUAUCGAAGGUACAAAAAAUAUUACGGAAUUCAAAACUGCUAACCAAAUAUUAGUUUAUGCCAGCACAGGUUCAUGCUAUGGCGCUGUCGAAGGGCUCUGUACGGAAGAGACAAGUAUAAGUCCACUCACACUAUAUGGCAGCAGCAAAGCGGAAGGGGAGAAAAUGGUUCUUGCCGUUGGUGGAAUCGCGCUAAGACUUGCAACUGUGUUCGGUUUGUCACCACGCCUUAGGUUAGACCUUCUUAUAAAUGAUCUUACAUAUAAAGGUCUAACACUUAAAGAAUUCGAUCUAUACGAAGGUAGCUUCCGGCGUACAUUCCUUCACGUUAAAGACGCAGCUCUUGCUUUUAUCUUUGCUGUUGAGCAUGCGUCCGAAAUGAAAGGACAGGCCUAUAACGUCGGUGAUGAAAAAAUGAACAUGACAAAAUCACAAGUGGCACAGCUUAUUCAGAAAAAUGUUGAAGGCUGCAAAAUUACCGAGUCAAAUUCAGGCGUAGAUAAAGACAAAAGAGACUAUGAAGUGUCGUAUGCAAAAAUCCGGAAGCUAGGGUACCAGUCAACAAUAUCUGUAGAGCAGGGAAUCAGGGACAUGCUUAAAGUGCUUCCGCAUAUACUACCUGUUGAACUUGGAAGGUGCAAAAACGUUUAAAAAUUUCAUUCUAAGUUUGUCUUAAAUACAAACAAAAAUAUCUUAUUUGAACGGAAAUUUGAUAAAGCUUAUUUUCAAGAACAAAGUGGUUAGAUUUUGACGAUAUCACUAUCUAAGAAAAUUCUGAUGAUGCAUAAAAAUGAAGUUUCAUCGAAAUCAUCUUGUAGGGUCGGUUACAUCUUUUAUUCUUUUGAAUUUUUACCGGAAAUAUCGUUACAUUCAUUCAGAAAGCUUUUUCUAUUUUUACUUUAUUGCUGGCAACGAGGUGGCUCAUUAUUUUGUUUAUUCAU